CUUCCGACGAGUGGAUAUGUUCGUUACCGCUGAAUUCGAAAAACGUGGAUGUUUUGGUCGCUAGUCGUAAAAUUUAUAUUUCGUUCUACGUUACGCGCGAAUUGGAUUUUGGAUUGUUUAUUAUUGUUUGCGGAAGUGAUUCUGUGUUUUCGUUUGGAUUAUUUUGAUUUGUUUGAAAAAGAAAAAUAUAUUUUUUUUGUGUAUUGUGUAUGUGUGUAAAGUGAUGAAGAUGACAGCUUAGUAGUCAAUUUUCAUAAAUGGAUUCGAAGUAACGGCGGCGCAAGGUCUUAUGGCAAGACCUGCAGAUUACGAGGAUCCUCCAUCAGAUAACAUGUGGAGCAUGGACGCCACCACCGGCGCGGAUUGCGAUUGUCCGGGUCCGCCACCGGAAUUUUUACUACCUCCACCGCCUCGACCGCCUAUCAUACAACCAGCAGAUCCUACUUACUGCUCCGAAGAUCCGUUACCGAUAGAAACCUGCGACGCUUUACCGUUAAUCGACGCUAGUUAUAGAAGUAGUCCUUCUCUCCAGACAUCGGCUGUGAUAGUUUUAUGUUCCGUACUUCUUGGACUUCUUGUAUUUAUAGCAGUUAUAUUAAUUUGGAAACACAAAAGGAAAGUACAAAAUUUUCUCCCUUGUAAAAAUUCCCCUAGAAAUAACUGUGAUGUGAACGCGGCUGCCGGUAUCUACGAGGAUCUUCACGAUGUUAUACCGAGGCCUACACCCACCCACCACCAUCAUCCCCAACUAGCAGGAAGACAUAUCGUCGCUCCAUCGAUAGAGAUGAUCGACGUUAAAAAUAAUAUUCACUAUCCUAGCGGCUAUCCCAUAUCACAACACCCGCCGGUUUUUUUAUGUUCUUCACCAGGACCUGAUCCGUAUUGUUCGCAGGACAUCUAUAAUCCAGUAUACGAAGAAUUGAGUGAUCCGGAAAGUGAAUUAACACCAGCCCCUCACAGCGAAGACGAAUUCGCCGAGGACGAAUUAUCCCUUGCUGGCGAAAUGGAACGAAGAAGACUUGAUAUACCCCCGCCGCCAUAUCGACCCGAAACGUGUAUACGUCGAGAUAUACCAAGAUUUCGACGUCCACACGAACCUCUCCCGCCCGUACCGGGUAAUAAACGUCACAGAAGUCUCGAUAGACGACGUCAAGAAUUCCACGAAGGUAUGUUGUUAGACGCUCUACUUCAACUCUAUCCCAGAGUAGGAAGUGUCGAACAUCCUCCGACUCGAGGACGACAAAUACCCAGUAUAACUCAAAGGAUACAGUGUAUGACGCCCGGUCCUUACGAGACGGUGCCGGUGAUUGGACAUUUAGCCACGUUCAGACCCGUUCCGAAACCUUAUUCGCAAGAUUCCGCAUUAGGUUCGGAUUCGGGUUAUAGCAAUCAUACGAGUAUCAGAAGUUCGAAUAGGGGUAGAAGGGAUCCGAGGCGUUUAUCGCAACUAAGCGCCGAAUUAGCUUUGACUUAAUAAGGGGUUUGUAUCGGUUUUGCGAUCGACAAUGGCAAUUUUAAUAUAGUGCAAUUAUUCCCUAUACAUUUCGUUGUUUCGCCAUUCAAUUCACCUCAUUUGAUGCCAUUUCCUUCUGUUUGGGUUGUCUUACACACACAUCUUUAUACAGUACGUCCUCAAAUAAAUGCUUAAUUUAAUUGAUAUUUAAAAUUCCCGAAACAGAUUUUUUUCCUACAAAUUCUGCUGUAAAAAGUCACUACCACAUUUAACUGUAACUAUUCGCCAUUAUUUUAACCCUACUUGCCAUAAUAGUGAGUAAAAACAAGGGUAACAUUGAGCUUCAGCUAAUAUAUUGAGUUUUGCAAAAAUUGUACUAACACCUGUUCCUCAAGUAACAUUUUUGGAAUCAACCCAAGGGAAAUCUGUGAAAAAAUAGUGGUAACUUCACAAUACGAAAGUAUUUCACCCUGUAUAUUAAAUUAAAGCUAUAAAAACCAUUUGUUUCGAGAAUUUCCGAUAUUUUUUAUUUGAAAUAACAUUAUAGACGAAUAAAUAAUAUAAUAUGAUUAAACGGGAUUAAUAUAAAAUAACAAAAGCAAUUUUAAAAAAUAUUAUAUUAUGUGUCUUCUUCUUUUUUUAUCGUUUGCUGUCGAAAUCUUGUUUUUUAUUAUCUGUCAGAAAUACCUACUGGCUAGGCAACCAGCAUUCCACGUUGUAAUGCUAAUUCAAAUAAUUCCACUAUUAAAAACAUCAUGUCGUAUAACCGUACGAAAUUAUAGUUUACCAAAGUGUAUAAAUCGUUAUUUUAUUA